AUAAAUGCUAAUUAUUACCUUUGCAUCAAGUUAACUUCAUAUUGCAAUAUGACAGAAAUGAUGAUAAGUUCUUAUUCUGCAGAGAUCAUUUUCUUUUUAAUGUUCUUCUGUCUGGCUGCCACAAAGUCUCUUCAAAAAUGCGUAGAACCAGAUACAUUUCCGGGCAUGAGUUUUGAACAAUAUAUCAACACCACAAAAGCGCAGUCAUACAGUAUCACUCCUGGAUGGUACGAGAGAAUGGAAAUGGCAGACAAAGUUCCAUCUGACUAUAUUAAUAUAACACAUAGCCACUACUUAGGCAGCCGAAAGUGUAGGAAUCCUAAGCGUAAAAAUAGUCGAAAUCAGGACAACACACUUAAUAGUUUAUCGCAAUGUAUGUGGAGGUAUGUUGAAAAUAAAGAUCCCGAAAACAGAAUACCUGGAACUAUGCUAGAAGUGGAAUGUGUUUGCCCUAGUCCCCUUUAUUCUAAAAAGAAGAGUGGUUUAGUGUGCCAAAGUGUUAUUGAAUAUAUAAGUGUGCUCAGAAAGGUUGGCUGUUCCAAUGGCGUUUUUGACUAUAAACUUGUUUGGGAGCCACGUGCUGUAGCUUGUGUAGCAACAUCGUUGCCAGAACCGAAAAGGUUGUACCCCAUUGCCCACAAGACGCCAGAAUAAAGAAUCUGUAUAGAGAAGUUGUCUAGUCAAAGUUUAAACGAAGCGAAUUGAAGAAAAAACCUGAUUAACAGUUCAAUUUAAAUCCCUUCACUAAAACAUUUCGACCAUAAUUGUCAUCUUCAGCGCCAUCGGAACAUUUUGAAAAUAUACUUUCGACUUCAGCGACAUAGAAAAAAACAUAUAUUACUUUAUACUGUAUUACAGAUAACGUCAGCAGACUUUUUUUGCAAAUCUUACCACUAUAAAAAGCGUGUUUAAAGCAUUAAAAUAAAACGUUCAAUGUAAACUAUUGUUUUACCGUAGAUAAUUAUGCUUGCAUUGUUUUGCUAUACAUAUAAAUCUGUAUGAAAAGUCAAAGUUUUCGAGAGUCUUAGUUUAGCCUUUUUGCAGUUUUCCUUUACAUACUGGUUGAAAAAGCAUAACUUUAGAAAAAAUGUAUUUAAUGCUAGUCAGUCUCCUAAUAAAGUUGUUUAUUAUUGCAAAAAUGGAGGCCUUACACACAUAGUUAUCAUAUCAGACGAGAAAUGGGGAUGCAGAAGUAUUAGAUAUGUCUCAUUGCCUAUUUACAGCACUCGUUAGCAAUUAGAGGUACCAAAUUGGUGAUUUUUCAGAUAGGAUUAGUACAUUAUUCAUAUAUCUAAGGGCAAAGAGUGCUGGAAAAUGUCCCAGUCCCCUUUUAUGAUGAAAUAUUUUGGUUCAUAUUCAUUGUUAUAAUAGCAUGUAUUUACAUUCUAUUUAAAAGCAAUAAAAUAAAACAAAGCAAACACAUAUUAUAUCUUUGUUGUCACAAGAGUGAGAUGAACAUUGACGCAGGUAAGUAAUUUAUUUGAACAUUUAGUA